AUGUCUUUUCCCACAGCCAAAGCCAUUGUGCUUUUCUUUCUAUUAUCUUCAAAUCUCGUUUUGGCGAACACAACGGUUGUGGCUCGGUCUUUGGAUAAACGUCAGUUAUUCAACCGUUGUGGAAACUCAAGGCUGGGUCCUCUGCUUGCCCAGUCCCUCCAAGAUGCGAACGAUAUUAUGGCCAAUAUGGUCGAUCAUCUAGAUCUCGCUAUUGGUCUCUAUCGGAAUGACGGGUCCGGCGAGUUGAGACCAGAGAAGCUGGCUUCGAAUCAACGGACCUUUGACGAACACAAUGCCUUUGCUACCUAUCGCGCCCUUAUAAGCAACCACUACACUGGUGUCAAUGCAGAAGGCAAUCGUGAAGGCCUUGCAAGGCUCAAGUAUACACGUGAACGGGCGAAAACCAUCUCUGAUCAACUAUACAAGUACCUAGACGGUACUCCCGUGAGAUGGACCCGAGGGGGGUUCCCUUACGUCAAUUUUUAUUGCAAUGAUAAUCAAGUUUUGGCGAGACGAAAUAGUGAGGGAAGAACAUACACAGAAGACACUGGAGAAGAUGACUCCGUGUUCACUAAUACAGGCGCACGUUUAUACUGGGUGCUGAUGAAACAAGCCACACAGAAAGGUAGAGAAACUUGGGUAAUGCGCAAAGCGGUGUGCGACGCAGACCCUGAUGAUCCUGAUUAUGACACCGCCGACGACGCUUCUGAUGAUGGUUCGGACGACAGUUCUGACAACGGUUCGGACAGUUCUGAUGACGAUUCGGAAGACGGCUCGGACAACGGUUCGGACAAUGGUCCAGAUGAUUCAGACGAGGACUUGCCGAAGCGUUUCGGUAUUCCUGUGGAGAAAAGGCUAAACGCAUACACCUACAAGGCUAUCUUUGGGGCCGUCGAAGAGACCAUGGUUUUUUGCCCUGCUUACCACGAGAGAUGGCUCAAGAUUGAGGCAGAUCGGUUAGCUUCGGGAACACAUUAUCGAAACAUGCAUGUGGGUAUUGGCAAGAAGCCUACCGAUGAACAGAAAACUUCUGCUUCUCUUCUCCUAGCUGACCCGGAUUUUGAUCCGAAAAGCAAGGUAAGACGGGGGAUCUCAUGGUUUGGAGAUUUUCUUGUCCAAGUGCUCAUUCAUGAAUCCACACAUGCGGAGGCGUUCACAGGUGUUGGAAAUGCACUCGUUGAUGUCAUUUGCCGGCCUCCUGCAGGGGAAGAGAAGAAGGGCAACAUGCGUACCACCAGCUUGGCCUGUCUACGAGCGGUUGUCAGAGGAGAUGACAACGUCAUGGGUGAAGGACAUCAGGGCCAUAAAGACGCAGAAGGUUUUGCUAUGUACGCCAUGGCCACUUGGGUCAACACUGUCGCCUGGUAUAGUGGAUUCAAUCCUAAAGAGCGGGUGGACGCAUAA